AUUCUUGUCACUUGAACUUCUUUAAACAACAUGAAUAACAUGUACCAUGUACCUACAAGUAUAUAAAUAUUAAUUUAGGAUAUUAUAUUCAUUUAAAAUGUACUUUACUGAACAGUAUAGAAACAUUUCAUAUUUUGUCACAUUAAACAAAAUUAAGAUUAUUUAACCAUGAUGUUCAACAAUCAUAAUGGCGAUUGUUCGAAGAAUUUUUUACAAAUACGCAAAGUGUCUGGGGUUAAUAGUUUUAACUACAUUUUUUGCUCAAUUAUUUAUUUCAAUAAGCUUCUUUCCUUCUGUUCAUGACAAUUUACUUAAAAGGCAAGGAUAUACGUCAUUGGCGAGAAAUGAAGCAGAUGAUGUUUCCGCCAGGAGACAGGGACCCAGCGUUGAAGACGAUGAAGAUUUGAAUUCUAGACCUCAUAAUAAAGUUAUAACACAAUUGAGGUUAGAAGAAUUAGAUUUUAAACCAACUUGUGAAAUUAAAAAUCGAGAAGCUAUCUCAGCUAUACACAGAGCCAAGACUCAAAUUUGUAAGCAACAAAUUGUUAAUAAGACUUGUCUCAUACAGAAUGGUAACUUUUAUCCUAAAAAAUUAACAAAUCAUUGUAUUUCAAAACAAAAAACAUACGGAUAUCAUUUAGGAUGUUAUUUAGAUGAAAAAAAAAUGAGAUUACUGACAAGUUUUUAUGGUAAUUAUGCAAAUACAAAUUCACCAACGUUUUGUUUGGAUAUCUGUGUACAAGCUGGAUUUCCUUAUGCAGGAGUACAAUAUGCUACUGAAUGUUUCUGUGGUGAGAAUGAACCUCCAGCAACUGCUAAAACUUCUGAUGUGUCAUGUGAUAUGAAGUGUCCAGGUGAUUCUUUACAACUUUGUGGUGGAUAUUUCACUAUGAAUGUAUAUGAAACUGGUUUAGAUAAAUUUCUUCCACAAUUGCCUAAAAAUCCUGGUGAUGAAAUAACUUCAGUUCAAAUUGUGUUUCUUUUAACAUUAAAUGGGAGAGCAUUGCGUCAAGUGCAUAGACUAAUAAAUGCUCUUUAUAGAACAAGUCAUUACUUUUACAUACAUGUUGAUAAAAGACAGGAUUACUUACAUCGUAAAUUAUUAAAUUUAGAAAAAAAAUUCCCAAACAUAAAGUUAGCAAAAAAAAGAUACUCCACAAUAUGGGGUGGUGCAUCCCUUCUCAAAAUGUUACUCUCAUCAAUGACGGACAUAUCACAAUUAGGAUGGAAAUGGGACUAUGUUAUAAACUUGAGUGAAAGUGACUUUCCUAUUAAAUCAUUAGAAGAACUUGAAAAAUUUUUAUCUGCAAAUAAAGGUUUUAAUUUUGUGAAGUCUCAUGGGCGAGAAGUACAGAGGUUCAUUAAAAAACAAGGUCUUGAUAAGACUUUUAUUGAAUGUGAAACACAUAUGUGGAGGGUCGGUGAAAGGAAAUUACCUCAGGGAAUAGUUGUUGAUGGAGGGAGUGAUUGGAUAGCUCUAUCACCAGAGUUUGUGAGUUAUGUUAUUGGGAAACAUGAUGAACUUUUGACAGGCUUAGAAGUUAUAUUUGAACACACUUUGUUACCUGCAGAGUCUUAUUUUCACACAGUGUUGCGAAACUCACACUUUUGUAAUACAUAUGUAGAUAACAAUUUACAUGUCACAAAUUGGAAAAGGAAACUUGGCUGUAAGUGUCAAUAUAAACAUGUUGUGGAUUGGUGUGGAUGUUCUCCUAAUGAUUUCAAAACUGAAGACUGGCCAAGAAUACAAAAUACGCAAUCACGGCAGCUAUUUUUUGCAAGGAAAUUUGAACCAAUUAUAAAUCAAGAAAUUAUUACAAGAGUAGAAAAAUACAUAGGAUAUACAGACCAUUAUUUAAUUAAUAAUUUGGAAGCUUAUUGGCAAAAUCUUUAUGAUAUUGAUGAUUUAACAGCUCCUACAGACGAUACAAUACUCACUCAUGCAGAAAGUAUUGUCCGCCUCAAUGCUAAAAUACUCAGUGGAGAAGGUUGUCAGAUUCAAACAAAUGAAAUAAUUGAAGUCAACAUAUAUAAAUAUGCUGAUGUAUACAAGGGUAACUUGAUUUUACACAAAGCAUUAGUUCAAAAUAAAGAAGUAUUUUUGGAAACAUGGUAUAAACCAAAACAUCAUUUAGAUUUAAACUUUGAAAAUCGGAAUGUUGAUUUUAUAAAGGUUUUUAAAGUAAGCUCAGAAUAUGAUCAGAAAGAAAUGACCUUUCGAAAUUUAGGUAAUGUUUUAGGUCCACUUUCAGAACCAGUCUUGUUAUAUCAAUUUUCUGCACAGAUUGAUAAAACUUUAGGAAAUUUAACAGUGCUUUGGUUGGAUCCAGCUGGAAUGGUGGCAGAUGUAAAUAUAAUACAAAAGGAUGAAAAUAAUUUAACAAAUUUUAUUAAACCUACCAUAAAACAACCUUUUUUACCUGGUAUAUGGAAAGUUGGAUUGUUCGAUCAAAAAAAAUUAAUUGCAAGAACAAAAUUUCUCAUAACACCAUUGGAAUACUUCUCUGGCAAAGAAAUUUCCCAUCGAGAAGCUAAUUUAGUUCACAGUGGUUCUCAAAAUUCGUAUAAAAAUGUAACAUUUACAAAACCUAUAAAAUUUUUACCUGAACAAGAAGAAAAAAAUUUGUUAGUGGAAAUAUCUAAUUCAAAUAUAAAAAGAAUAAAAGGUGACUUAAUAGAAUGGAUAGAUAGUUUAAAUUUAGAAUUUUAUAAUGUUUUAGGUUCAUGUAUAUCAAAUAGGAACAAUGAUAAUGUUUCAUGUGGUAAUUACAAAUUUCAACAAUGCUCAUUAUCUGAAUGGAGUUCUUAUUCACCGGAUCCAAAAGGAACUAUAGGCAAAGUUGAUAAAUCAGGCCGUUUAAAACGGAUAUGACACUCAAAUUCUAUAUUUUUUUAAUAAAUAUUGUUAUUUUAUAAAUAAAUUUGACUUUUUAAACAAA